AUGCCGGAUCCGCGCUGCUUCAUCAUCCGCCACGGAGAGACCGAGUGGUCCCUCAGUGGCCGACACACCGGCAUCACCGAACUUCCCUUGACAGAGAACGGCGAGAAACGAAUCAAGGCGACAGGCAAGGCCCUCGUGGGAGAUGACCGCCUGAUCGUGCCAAAGAAGCUGGCCCAUGUCUAUGUCUCCCCGCGUCAUCGAGCGCAGCGGACCCUGGAGCUCCUGGAGAUCGGGUGCAAGGAGAGGAUGCCCUGGUUGCACAGCAGAAAGCCCGAGGACGAGGAGCCUAUCCGCACAAACGCCAAUGUCGAAAUCACCGACGCAAUCCGCGAAUGGGAUUAUGGUGACUACGAAGGAUUGACGAGCAAGCAGAUCAAAGAGCUGAGGGAAAAGAAUGGCGAUGGACCCUGGGAUAUCUGGAGAGACGGCUGUCCUGGCGGAGAGUCCCCCGACGACGUCGUGCGCCGACUCGAUGCGCUAGUCGCAGAGAUCCGGGAAAAGUACCACAAGGACUGCUUCGGUCAACCAUCGCAGGAGAGAGCAUGCGACGUCCUCAUCGUCGCCCACGGCCACAUCUUGAGAGCGUUCGCGAUGCGCUGGGUGGGCAAGCCGCUAACGGACACAGCAUUCAUACUGGAAGCCGGUGGUGUUGGAACACUGAGUUACGAGCACCACAACAUCAACGAGCCCGCUAUCAUUCUCGGUGGAGGAUUCGUCGUGGAGUGA